GGAAACCCCUAACUGCUCCAGCUCAACCAACUCAACCUUUUUCUCCCUCCCUUUUCGCUCACACCCUUCGGACGUGUGCACGCUUGGGACAAGAAUGGCAGCAUCAUCCGUACAGAAAACAAACAGGCCACUCAAAAUGUUGCCGUUUGCAUUGCUUCUCAUCGCCUCCUUCUUAAAUGGAGGAGUCACAGCACAGGAUCCAGACGUUGUAACAGGGACGGCGGCGCCUGUGUUAUCAAUGGAGUUCGUACGAGGAGACAGGGAUCCAAUGACAUCAGAAGCUACUGAGUCAGGGGAUCCACAGGUCCAGGUUUUCCCUAGUCUAUCUCCAGUGAGUGAAGCGACUACGCCAGCAGCAGCAACACCGGCAGCUACACCAGAAGCCAUCGACAGUAACGACAGCAGCCAUGUAGAUACAGAUAAGUCAACAGACGAUACACCGGAGUUUACGGUUGAGGAACAUACUGAGACGCCCAAAACUGAGGAACCAGAGACCCCAGCACAUGUGCCUGCCAGAGGGGACGGCCCCGACAAUGUACCACAGCCGGUGCCCAAGGAAGAUGUUGUCUGUGUCAGCAAAGAGGCGGUCGAGGACAAAAACUCUGUCAGUCUAAAACUCAAGGCCGCCUCCAACUGUGAAGACACAAAAAAGAAGAUUGAAAGUGUUCUGCAGGAGCUGUGUGGUGAAGACUGUAAGCUAGAGAUCUACCAGGAGGACAACACAGACGAAAUCAUUGUAUCUGGGAAAUAUGUUGAAGAUGACGUUGCAGGCAUGGCUGAGAAGUUCAACAAUGACAACAUCAAAGACAUGACGGAUGUGGAGGAGGCUAGUCCUCGUUGGGGGAAGAGCUCUAAGCUGGUUCUGGUUUCCUUGCUGCUGGCUGGCCUGUUGCUGGCUGCUCUGCUGGUAGCCGGUUACUACCUCAAGACCCAUCGCAAGAACUCUAAAGGAGUCAGACUGGCUGAUACCUUCCAAGUGGAUGAGGAGAACCAGGCUAACACCCUGGUGUCAGUGGCCCCUCUACCCCAGGAGCCUGUCGACAAGCCCACCACCAAUGGGGAGUCUCCACCAGAAAAUGGGACCAACCCCGGACCCACCACUAACGGACACUCUGCCACCCAGACCCCGGUGGCUGACACGGAGAUGUGAAUCUCGACACCCAUGACAUCCUGUUCUACCCAUCACCCACCAGGACACACUACCCACAAGCCCCUCUGCUGCCUCAGAGACUGUCAACACUGACACAAUUCAACAAGAAUCCACCAAUUACAUUCACCUCCCCUCUUCCGCACUGCAAAUCUCAAGACAAUGAUGACAACAAUGAUGAAGCUCAUGACUAUGAUGACGAUAUUGACAAUGCCUGUAAUGUGAAAAGUUAGGGAUCACUGGCCUUUGCUGGUGUCAAGAGGAGCCUACAUACGCUGUGUUUGGGACUGAGGCUGCUCAGCAGGGAGCUGACUGGGAUUUGUUAACUGCCCUGACUUCCAUCUAGUUGUACAAUCAUUGUAGAAAACCCAAAUAAUGCCAAAUAUGUGCUGUUGAUUCCCAACAAAGAAGGAGCCAAUGCUCUAUUGUGUUAAUGCUCAAAUGUGGUGCAAUGAAACCAAUGAAGCCAGGCAGUUGAAUGAAGACCAGCUUUUGUACAGUUUUUAAAAAGGACUGAUGCUCACUGCUGGAUUGUUGUUUUUUGGAUUUGUUCUUUUUCAGGAAAUGAUGUUUUCUUUUCCUUUCUAUUUGCCUCGACCUUGUUAAGACCUUUAAAGUGUGACAUGGGCAAAAAAGUGAAAGAAAAAACAUAAAUGUUCUAUUUACUGAAAGUUUUCUAUAUUUUCUCACAGAUUGUCAAACUGAAAAAGUGUUACAAAUACAACUGCUAUUUUUGUAAAAGGAAUUUCUUGUUACCGUUCUUAACCAUUCUUUAAGUAUUAGCAAUGUACAAAAUAGAUAAAUGAGACGGCAAGCAUAUUCUUUGGUUUUAGUGAUGAUUAAAUAAUGCUACAAAGUUAUUCAUAACAUGGAAUUGUCAGCAGAAGGCUAUUAGUAUUUGCUUCAAUGCUUUAACUGAUAAGCAUAAUUAACAACAUGACGUUUAAUUGGUCCAAAUUUAAUUGGGAACGUUCGGAAAGUACAUUUCUAUUUUUGUGAUAUUGUGGUGAUUUCAUGAUGACAUUAGUGUACAGUUUUAGUUUUUCUAUGACACAUCGAAAGUUUACUCUCACUAUUGUCUUUCUGAAUGAGAAGGAGCAGCAGCAUUUUGAAAUUCAGAGAAAAAGGGAAAAACACAGAAAAACUAACUUUUAAAGAGUUUUAAAGUUGUGAAACUGAUAUAUGAAACUGCCAUUACAUUGUGACACAACAUAAAGCAGGUUCAGCAUUCCCGAGUUAGACUUUAUCUCCUUGUUGAUAUUAAACAUCUGUGGUACACAUUUUUUAGCUUCUCUAUGGAACAACUGGCUGCUUUCGUAAUGUACUGCAUGUGUAAAUAAGCCUGCUUUCUAUGUUAGUAUUACUUGUGCCUGACUCAUAAACUGUGAUUGUUGACAAUA